AUGUUGUCAGAUAACAUUAAACAAAAGAGCAAAAAGAAACUCAUUGCUGACUUCGACGCUGUUUCAUUAUAUCCAUCAGCUAUAGCAAGACUUUAUACUUUAGAAGGAAUUCCAAAAGUAUUGAAGGAUGAGAUGUUAAGCACAGAGUAUCUCAUGAGACAUUUAUUCGAUGAUGACCAAAAGGAACCCAUUGGUGAAAAGUUUAUGUCUGGCUUCUUUGUUCUCAUUAAGAUAACAGAGAUUGGAAUACAUAGACACUUUCCUUUAAUAGUUUGUGACCCUGAACUAAAUCCAGAACUUAACGUUCCCAGAAGUUCAAACACUUGCUGUCUCAUGUAUGUUGACCAUAUAACAUUACAGGACCUUAUAAAAUAUCAAGGUGUCAAAUGUGAAGUGUUGCAAGGAUACUAUUACGAUGGAAACAGAGAUUUGAGAAUAAGAGAUGAAGUUAAGAAAUUGUUUGAGUUAAGGUUAAAGUAUAAGAAAGAAGAAAACCCAUUACAAGAAAUUAUAAAACUCAUUCUGAACAGCAUUUAUGGCAAAACCAUUUUAUCUCCUAUUGAGUCAAAAAUAACCAUAGUAGAUGACAAAGAUGCUAUAAGAUAUGCUAUAAGAAAUUACAACCAUAUAGUGAAGUUCGAAGGUUUGGAUGGUUCAGAUAAAACUAUUUUCAAGCUAACGAAAAGCAUUUGCAGACACUUUAACUUUUGCCCACUUGGUGUAAAUAUUCUAUCAAUGUCAAAACGUAUUAUGAAUGAAGUGUUUUGCACGAUUGAAGACUUAGGAUUAAAAGCAUUUUAG